AUGGCAGCUGCGCUAACAUCCUCCUGUGCGUGUGUUGCCGGCCCGAAAUGGCAGCCGCACGAGCAUCAAUCUCCCGCUCCGAGGCCGGUAGACGGCGAGCGAGGUUCCCGCGACGGCUCAUCUCACCUCGGCGUCUUGGGCGGCGGGCUCGGAGUCAGAAUCGGCGGCGGAUACGACGUUGGGUGCGGUGAGCUUCGAGCAAGGGAAAUCCAGCUAUGGAGAUGCCUCGGGGAGCCGGAAGUGGUUCGACUGGGGCUCGUCUUUUCUCAUAUCAGUAACAAUUUUGUUUAUCAAAAAUUUUUGAACUCGGUUAUGUUUAAUCAAUUUGGGUUGAUUUUGGAGUUGGCAUUGUUGCAUGGGAUACACGAUGUAUAA